GUGCCGACCACGUCGUUCAGAACUGAGCCACCCGGAAACACAGGAAGUCCAGCAGCAACAUUAGAGGAACUAAACAGGAAGUUCUGUUCUAGGCCAAACUGCGACUUCCUCUAGGAGGCGGGAGCUAAACAGGAAGUUCUGUUCUAGGCCGAACUGCGACUUCCUCUAGGAGGCGGGAGCUAAGCAGGAAGUUCUGUUCUAGGCCAAACUGCGACUUCCUCUAGGAGGCGGGAGCUAAACAGGAAGUUCUGUUCUAGGCCGAACUGCGACUUCCUCUAGGAGGCGGGAGCUAAGCAGGAAGUUCUGGUACCUCGUUUCCUGUCUCGUUCUGACCAAACUCCUGCGGAGCACCAACGGUUCCCAUGAAACAAAGGAAGACAGAGCAGUUACUGAAGAGGCUGUGGCCCCACCCACCACACCUGCCAGGAGACUCGAACCGUCCCAAAGGAAUCGUUUGUUAGCGUCUCUGCUUGACCUGAAACCAAAACAUGACAAGUUUUGCUACUGAUGCUAAAAUCUGAGCCUAUAAUUCAUCUCAAACAAUGUUAUUAAACAUUCAUCAACUUAAAACUUUAGGAGCUCAGACUCUGCAGACCUCAAGUAGCAGGUUAAAGGUUAAAGGUCAUGACCCUGAAUCAGUAUGGCUGCUUGGAAGGAUUGAAGGAGAAAGACUCUUCUCUCCAAAAACAAGAUGGCCGUUCAUCAACGUUUAGCAGAGCUGCAUCUGACAGAGGACGAGACUACUGGGACAAUGUCCUCUGGACAUGUUGGACCAGGAUGGAGGAAAUCUAACACAACAGACCACCAGAAAUGUCCAAUGCCAAUGGGUUUGGAAAUCUUUCAGUCACUGAGUGGACCAGGUUGUCCUCUGACCAGGUUGUCCUCUGUAGACCAAGGUAUUCUAGAGUCAGAUCUGAGUCCAACUGUGUCCUCCCCCCGGCCACUGAGACACAUUUUACUAUCCAAACAGAGCCGUCCCUUUAGGACGUCCGUCUCUGUCCUCCACGCUUAGAAGACUAGAUUAGAGUAAAUCAUGCAAAUGUUCGUUUAUCUCCCAGAGCGGCUGCCCGCUCAGCAGACAAUUACCUUUGUGAGACAAUUCAGUCACUAGUGACCGCUGCCAACACAAUGUGAGGACAUCGAGAAGACGAACCCGGACAAAUCCUGACUUUAACGGUUUAACCACAGAAACCAGCAUGGAGAGCCAGCUCUACCUCUGGCUCUUCUCUCUAUUGCCCUCCUGUGUUUACACAGGGGUCGGUUUCAACGACAAGUCGGACCUGGACUCUGGUCUCCUCAACAGGAAGUGGAUGGCGUCCAUCCCUGAUGCGACUCCGGUCUCCGCCAUCGCGGUUCCUGGAACCCAUGAGAGCCUGACGCUGAGCGGAGGGCCGCUCGCGGUGACUCAGGUAUGGACUCUGGAAAAGCAGCUGAACGUCGGGAUCCGCUAUCUGGACAUCCACGCUGGGAUCUGGUUUCCCACCGACAAGCAGGUCGGCAUCCGAGACGCCAACUGGCUCUUCUCCCAGGGCGUCACCUUUACCGCGGUGGUAGAGAAGGUUCUGGCAUUCCUGGAUGAGAACGGGGGCGAGGCGGUGCUAAUGAAGGUGACGCUACACGGCCUAUACCAAGACCGAGCGGCGCGGAUGGUGGAGCAGCAGCUGCAGAGGUUUAAGGGCAAAAUCUGGAGGAAGGUGUCGGUACCAGAACUGGGCCAGGUCCGAGGGAAGAUCGUCUUUCUGCAGAACAGGAAGUUCCCCCUGGGAACGGAGAACCACCGUUCCUACCUCUUUGAGUCCAACCAGCUGAAAGCCGUAGAGGAGAAACUCAGAGACGUCCGGUGGCAUCUCUGCGGCCAUUACGUCCUGCUGACCCAAACCGCCGCCGCCGCAAUGCAGAGGCCCAAGGCGCUGGCCCGGUCCGUCAACCGCCAGCUCAGCAACCUGGUCCGCCGCCGCAGGGCCGGCGCCGGCUGUCUGGGCGUCAUCAGCAUGGACUUCCCCAGCGCCGAGCUGAUCCGCAACAUCAUCCGGCUGGGAACCUGCGGCUGCGGGCCGACCGCGGGCCGGCCGGCAGGACCGGAGAGACCGGGACCAACAGAACCAGGGGACCCGGGAGAAGAACCAGGAACAACAGAACCAGGAGAACCA